CCCUCCCCAUCCCCCAGCCCCGGGCCACGCCCUGCGCGGGGCCGACGCCCGCGUCCGGCCUGCGGGACGGAGGACAGGAGAUGCGCCCGCGGGGGCCGCAACGAGCCGGCGGCGCCUGCUGCCGCUGCGGCUGCCGCUGAGCGGGCGGGCGGUCCCCGGGCCGGCGGCACGUGCGGCGCCCCUCGGGCCCGCUCCGUCCCUCGGUGGCCCCGGCUUGUGGCCUCGGGAGGAGAGGGCGAAGGAGCGGGCCGGCGGGCCGGGGGCGGCCGGCACCGCGUCUCGGUGUCCCCCGGGCGCAGGGCGGGAACAGCCGCGCCGGGCCGCCCGCCCCCUCCACCCCCCCGGCCUCUGCCCGCUGCCGCCCGGUCGCCCCGGUGGAUGGCAUGAUGGUGCCGGGAAGGCAGCGCGGCCCUGCCCAGCUCAGCGGGGCCGGCUCCGGGGCUGCUGGGCACGGCGGCGGAAACGGGCGGCCGAGCGGCCGGCCAGGGCCCCCCCGGCGCGAUGGCUAGCGGGGGCUCGGGGAAGGCCACUGGCGAGGCGGCUCCCGCUCCUCCCGCGCCCGGCCUGCCCGGAGCGGCCGGCGGCGGCUCGCAGCAGCGCAGGAGGCUCGUGUCGGUCUGCGACCACUGCAAGGUGAAGAUGCAGCUGGUGGCCGACCUGCUGCUGUUGUCCAGCGAGGCGCGGCCCGUGCUGCCCGAGGGGCCGCCCGCCGCCGCCUCUUCUUCCUCCUCCUCCUCCUCCUCCUCCGCCGCCGCCGCCGGGGCCCCGCUGUGUCCCCCCUCGUCCGGGGGCGAGUCCUUCGAGAAGUGCCGGGACACCAUCAUCGCGCGCACCAAGGGCCUGUCCAUCCUGACCCACGACGUGCAGAGCCAGCUGAACAUGGGCCGCUUCGCCGAGGCCGGGGACAGCCUGGGCGAGCUGGGCGAGCUGGUGGUGUCGCUGACCGAGUACUCGGCCCACGCGGCCUACCUGGCCGCCGUGGCCACCCCGGGGGCGCAGCCGGCGCAGCCGGGCCUCGUGGACCGCUACCGGGUGACCCGCAGCCGGCACGAGGUGGAGCAGGGCUGCGCGCUGCUGCGGGCCACGCCGCUGGCCGAGCUGACCCCCGCGCUGCUGCUGGAGGUGUCGCAGGGCCUGUCGCGCCACCUGCGCUUCCUCACGGACGCCUGCGCCCUGGCCAGCGAGGGCUCCCGGGACCGCUUCGCCCGCGAGCAGUUCAAGCUGGCCGUGCGCUGCAUGAGCACCAGCGCCUCGGCCCUGCUGGCCUGCGUGCGGGAGGUCAAGGCGGCCCCCAGCGAGCUGGCCCGCGGCCGCUGCGCGCUCUUCAGCGGGCCCCUGGUGCACGCCGUCGGGGCCCUGGCCGGCUUCGCCACCGAGCCCCAGUUCCUCGGCCGCGCCGCCGCCGUCAGCCCCGAGGGCAAGGCGGUCCAGACGGCCAUCCUCGGCGGGGCCAUGAGCGUGGUGUCGGCCUGCGUGCUGCUGACCCAGUGCCUCAGGGAGAUCGCCCAGCACCCCGACGGGGGCGCCAAGACGGGCGAGCACCGCGAGCGGCUGCGCAACUCGGCCUGCGCCGUCUCCGAGGGCUGCGACCUGCUCUCGCAGGCGCUGAGGGACCGCUCCUCGCCCAGGACUCUACCGCCCGAGGGGGCCGAUUCCGUGAAUUAACCCUCCCGGCGCGAAGCGGAGCCGCCCACCGUCCCCCAGGCCCACGCCCUACCAAAGACUGGACUCUCCCUGCAGAAGGCCCGCUCUCCUCCCCAGCCUCCCCCUCGGGGGGGAGGGGGGGCCCGCAUGCACACACGCACGCCCCUCGCUCCUCUCCGUCCCCGGGCCGCACGCCCGCCCCCCCCACGUUCAUCAUCACCGAGUGCGGUUUCCGCACCUCAGCGGCCCCCAGGGGGAAGGGGGCGGGGAUGGAGGGGGACACUCUGGGAUGGGCAGGGGCAGGGGCAGAGGCAGAGCCAGGGCCCGGAGAAAUGAGCUGGAAUCGUGCUGGGUGCGGUUUUGGCCUCUUGAAGAAAGUCCUGUCUGUCUGUCUGCCGUCCACACUGUACCGUUGCGGGGCGCAGGAAGGAGGCUGGGUUGAUUUUGUGUUUCUCUGAAAAAAGAAAAAAAAGGUUACCUCAGUUUUCACACAUCAGACAACUAGAUGAUGGAUGUAGCUACCUUUCGGGGAGGGGGGGGAAGUGUUCUGUCCUGGGUUUGGGUUUUAGUUUUUUUUGUUUUUUUUUUUUUUUUUUUUUUUUUAAAUCAAGUCUUAGGUUAGCGAGAGAGAGUGGAAGUUACGACUUGCCAGGCAAUUUACAAACUGGGGGAAAAGCUACUGUGAGUGUUUAAAGAAUUUACACUAUAACAAGUGAUUUUUUUUCAAUGUCAUUUUUUAUCUUGCAUGUACUGGAGUAUUUAUUUCAUCUAUUAAAAUGUUAUGUUUCUCAGAUUUCUUUGUGACGACUCUUGAUACUUGGGUUAUCCGGCCCUUCUGGCCGUGUUGGAUUCUGCUGGGAAUGGGGACUAUAGUUCCAACUGAGACGACGGCAUGGAAGCAUGAAUUGGUUUGGUUGAGCUUUUUGUGGGAAACAGCCAAAGCCCCCCCACCCACCAUUUCUACCCCAUCCCCUUUCAAAAACUUUUCUUUUUUGGGCUGGUGGGGAGGGAUGGGGACAACAGUGGUUAUUGUUCACACGGUCCAAGUGAUGACCAAGUUAAAGGGACCUAGAGAAGGGGGCUUUGAGAUCUCCUUCCACAGGGGAAUGUGAGAGGUUAAACGUUGUGGGAUUUUAGCAUUUAGGAGUAAAGCUGCUAGAUGCCUCUGAUCUUGUCUGUAGCCUUCGAGUUUGUGACAUAUUGGAAGAGAGUUUUCUACUCCCACUCACUGUUUCCUCCCUCCCAUCCUUAAAUGAAGCCUCUUAACACAUGGCUCUUCACUGCUUUAGAACAGGGAUGGUGUUUGGCUUCCAAAAGUCUAGCUCUUUUAUUUGUUUUUUCGUUGUUGUUUUUUUCCCCCCCAUCGGUUAAUUUAAGGUAAAGACAUGCAAUGUGUCUUGUGUGGUACCUGCAUUUUGCUAGUUCAAGCUGUAUGCACUGUGCAUGAAUUCUUACUAUUCUUCAAUUACCAGCACUCCAGAACUUGGACUGUGCUUACCCGGAAGUCCCCAGAACUUGGUCUGUGUGAGUAAAGUGAAGUUUUGCAUCUAUAAGUGAAUCCGGAAUGGUCUAGACAGACAGCCUGUUUAAUUCAGGGGAAAACAGCCUAGAUUGGCUCUUGAGAUGGACCCAAAUUCAUGGUAUAAUCGCAAUUUUCCAUUGCCCUCCGGCUACGUCUGCCCCUGAAGCAUCCUAUUAUGAACUGUAGAUGAGACAAUUUCUUGUGACUGAAAUUCAGUUGAGGGUGAAAGAUUCCUAAUGUUUGUGUUCCAGACGUUUCAGGGGCUCGUGGGAGAGACCACGGGCUGUAUAGUUUAACUGAACCUAGACUUAAAAUUUGCACACUGAAUUUCUCACUUAAGAAGAGUUAACUUUUAUUUUAGUGAUCCUUAGGCUAGAAUAGAAGAGUUUGGAAUAUAUUCUCUGCAGUUCCGUUCGUAAAAUUGUACAGUCUGCACCACAUCUAUGUCAGAAAAUAGACUCUGACCAAAUUGUGUUCAGGAAUUUGCAUCAUUUCUCUGAUCUGCUGUGACUUCUAUUCUGCUCCUAGAUGUAAAAAGAAAAACAGUUUCUCCAAAAGUUCCACUGUAUACUCCGCUUGCAUAGGAAAUUCUGUGACUGACCCUAUUUACGUAGUAUAUUGGAUUUUUUUUGUCACUACACCUAAAACCUCAUUAAAACUGAAUGAUUGUUUCAUUUGAA